AUGUCUUCAAAGAUUAAUUUGUUCGUUUGUUUCUUCAUUUUUCAUGUGUUGGCUGCUGCUAGUGUUUCCGAGAGCAAUAUAGGGAUUUAUGAGUUAAAGAAGGGAGAUUUCUCUGUCAAGCUCACAAAUUAUGGUGCCAGAAUCAUCUCUGUUUUUCUUCCCGAUAAGAAUGGUAAAGUAGAUGAUGUUGUUCUUGGAUAUGACACCAUCGAGGAAUACCUGAAUGAUACAAGUUAUUUUGGAGCCGCCCUUGGAAGGGUUGCUAACCGGAUUGAUGGUGCUCAAUUUACUCUUAAUGGAACCCAUUAUCAGCUUGUCCGCAAUACUAGAAAACACAUGUUGCAUGGUGGUCCUAAAGGAUUUAGCAACGUUGUCUGGAAGGUGAGCGAGUACGUGAAAGAUGGUCCCUGUCCUUACAUAACUCUAACCUACUUCAGUCCCGACGGUGAUCAAGGAUUUCCUGGUGAUGUUCUUGCCUCUGUUACCUAUGCAUUAAAAGAUCCUUACAAACUUAGUGUGGUAUUUAAGGCAAAAACACUGAACAAGGCCACUCCAAUUAACCUGUCUCACCACCCUUACUGGAACAUUGGUGGACAGAACAGUGGCCAUAUCUUGUCCAACGUUGUUCAAAUCUUUGCGUCAUACAUCACUCCACUAGACAAGUACGGCCUCAUUCCUACAGGCGAAAUUUCUCCCAUCAAGAACACGCCCUAUGAUUUCCUUAAACCCCGUGAAGUGGGGAGCAGGAUCAAUGAACUCCAAAAUGGAUAUGACAUCAACUAUGUACUUGAUAGCACUGAAAAAAUGAAACCUGUGGCGAUAGUUUAUGAUAAGAAGUCUGGAAGAGUGAUGGAUGUAAAAGCAUCUGCACCUGGUGUUCAGUUCUUUACUUCAAAUUGGAAUAAAAAUAAAAAAGGGAAAGGUGGAUUUAUGUAUCAACCUCAUGCAGCAUUGACUUUUGAAACUCUAGUGUUCCCUGACGCUGUGAAUCACCCAAAUUUCCCGUCGACAAUUGUGAAUCCAGGAGAGAGAUACAUCCAUGAAGUGUUGUAUACGUUCUCCAUAAAAAAAUACUAGAAUACUUAUAUUUAUU